AUGUCUUUCGCAGCUCGCAACGCCCUCCGUCUGACUCGGGCUGCCGCCCCUGUUCUCCCCAGAAACGCUGCUCGAUGCUUCUCAGCCACUCGUAUUCAGCGUGUCAAUGACACAAACAUGAAGAAGAACGUGGUUCGUGAGAAGGAAAUUCCCGUCACUGUCUAUGCUGCUGGUCAGGGUACUGGCGAUAAGCACACAGUCAACGUAUCCGAGGCUGCUGCUCGCAUUCCCAGCGAGACUCCUGUUCCUACUCCUGACAGCGAUGUGGUUCAGCCCCUCACCCGCAAGACCUUCGAGCAACUCCCUCAGACUAUGCGCAACAUGAGUGUCUACGGCAAGACUAUCUUACUCACUGGUGCUGCCCGUGGUCUCGGAAACUACAUGGCUCGCGCCUGUGCUGAGGCCGGUGCCAAGAACAUCGUCCUCUUUGAUGCCAACCAGGAGCUUGGUGACCAAGCAGCUGCUGAGCUUCAUGACAAGACUGGCCUACCUGUCUCAUUCUUCAAGGUCGACGUCCGUGAUGGUGCUGCGAUCAACGCUGCUGUCGACGAGGUUGUUGAGCACUAUGGUGCCCCUGAUGUUCUUGUCAACUCGGCCGGUAUCGCCGAUUCCAACAUCAAGGCUGAGACAUACGACCCUGCCAUGUUCCGCCGUCUCAUUGACAUUAACCUCACAGGAUCUUUCCUCAUGUCCCAGGCUGUCGGCCGUGCCAUGAUGGCCGCUGGAAAGCCUGGCAGCAUCAUCCUGGUUGCUUCUAUGUCUGGCUCCGUUGUCAACUUCCCUCAGGAGCAGAGCUGCUACAACGCCUCCAAGGCGGGUGUCAUCCAACUCGGCAAGUCUCUCGCUGCUGAGUGGGCCAAGUUCGACAUCCGAGUCAACUGUAUCUCUCCUGGAUACAUGGACACUGCUCUCAACCGUGUACCCGCUCUCGACGCACAGAAGAAGAUCUGGAAGUCUCUUACUCCCCAGAACCGCCUUGGUAACGUUGACGAGCUCAACGGUCUCUGCAUCUUCCUUGCCUCCGACUCUUCCAAGUUCAUGACUGGUUCCAACUGCAUCAUCGACGGUGGCUACACAUGCUACUAA